CAUUCUUCCCUAACCCAAAGACACCGUCACGUCUCCCACCUAACAUCACUGACUACCAGGCCCCACACAAUCUUCGGACCCAUGUGUCAUUGGCGUCUGGGGCAGUGGCUUUGCGUGCUGAGGGGUGCCCCUCCGCCCCCGUCUUGGCCGGCGGCAGUAUAUAAUCCGCGAGCACAGCACCGCCGUUCCCCACACAAUUCUCAAUCCGGUUCCCCUCUCCGAUCCCGACAAGCUCUACGACCAAGCCCAGCAAUGGCCGCUGCGGAGCCGGCGACGACGACGACGACGACGGGGAUGGGGUUCCUGGGGCUGCUCAGCUUCCGCCGGACCGCGACGGCCGUGGCGUCCUUCGACCCGGCGCAGGACGGCGCUGAGCUCGCCGUCCUCGACGCGCUCCAGGCCCACGUCGCCGACCGCCUCGCCGCCUUAUCUUCUUUCUGUCCGGCGGGGGCGGUGCUCUCGCUGGGGUUCCUCUCGAAGCUGCUCGACGCGGUGGUGACCUCGGACGCCGCGUUCCGGGAAGCCCUGCUUGCUGUGGGGGCGGCGGCGGUGUCGAGGCACCCCGCCGACCGCCUCGCCGCCGACCUGCUGGACCGCGCCGUCAGGGCGCUCGACGUCCUCAACGCCGUCUCCCUCGCGCUCGCCUCGCUCCGGGGGUCACACCGCGCCGCCCUCGCCGCCGCCGACUGCCUCCUCCUCCUCCCCGCCGGCAACGGCGGCAAGCCCCACCGCGCCCACUUCGCCCGCGCCCGCCGCGCCAUCUCCCGCCUCUUCCCCGCCGCCGCCGCCGCGCCGCCGUCCACGCCCUGCUCCUCCCGCGCCGCCCGGGCGCUCUCCUUCAGCGUGUCCUCCAAGAACUGGUCCUCGUCUUCCUCGUCCACGGGCGGCGCUGGGCGCCACGUGGCGGCGGCGCUGCCGAUGCCGCAGGGGCUCACGGCGGCCCCCGGCGCGGGGUGCGGGCUCGGGCUGGCCCUCUACACCAUGAGCUCCGUGCUCGCUUUUGCCAUGUGGGCGCUGACGGCCGCCGUGCCGUGCCCCGCCUCCGCCUCCGCCGCGCCCCUCGCGCCCCCGAAGCAGGCGCAGUGGGCGGCGCCCAUGGCGCUCCUCCAGGACCGGAUCGUCGAGGAGUCGAGGAAGAAGGACAACAACAACAACAACAACAACAGCAAGAAGGGCUCAUCGUCUUCUUCGUCUUCUUCCUCCUCGGGGCUGCUCGCGGAGAUGCAGGCCGUGGAGCGCGCGGCAAGGGAGCUCAACAGCCUCCUCGAGGAGAUCGCCGAGGAGGAGGAGGACGACGGCGACGAUGAACCGGCGGCCGUCGGCGAGGACCGCGCGGCGGACGUCGUCGAGCGCGCCGAGGCGCUCGCCGGCGCGUGCCGGGCGCUGGAGGACGGGCUGGCGCCGCUGGAGCGCCAGGUGCGCGCCGUCUUCCACCGCGUCGUCGCCAGCCGCGGCGAGGUCGUGCGCUGCAUCGAGCAGAGCGCGCGCAGCACCGCCGCCGGGCCCGCCUCCGCCGGCGCCCCGGCGCCGCCGCAACACCAUUCGUUCUGAUCGAAGCUCUGGAUUAUUGCUUAGGAUUGAUGCUGUGUAUUCUCGGGUUAAAUCCCUUCGUUGUCUUCGUUAUUCUCGGGUUAAAGCCAAUUCUUUGAUUUGUAAUCACUUCCACAGUUCCACUG